AUGCACGUUCUCCUGGGGAAGCAGCAAGGAAGAGGACUGUUAGAGGAUGUCCUGCCCUGGUGCUACCAGGCUUUGAAAAGCAGACCCAGGGUGAUGGGAAAAGCUAGUACCUUGGAAGAGAGGAAGCCUAAACAAGAUGAUGUUGUAGACAGUCUGCAGCUGAACUGGUUUCUCCAGUACCCAGUCACAGUUGGCCACUCCAUUAUCACGAGAAAACUGUUUGCUAUUGGAAGGACUUGUGGAAACUCGUUUGGUCGAGAGCCUGGCGCCCAGUGUGAACUGUCACCUGUCAAUGCCUCCCAUCCUGUCCAGGCCCUGAUGGAGAGCUUCACCGUCCUGUCGGGCUGCGCGAGCAGAGGCACGACUGGGCUGCCGCAGGAGGUUCACGUCCUGAACCUCCGCACCGCGGACCAGGGGCCCGGCCAGCCGCACAGAGAGGUCACUUUGCACCUGAACCCCAUCUCCUCAGUCCACAUUCACCACAAGCCUGUCGUGUUUCUUCUCAACUCCCCGCAGCCCCUGCUCUGGCGUCUGAAGACGGAGAGACUUGCCACUGGUGUCUCUAGACUUUUCUUGGUGUCUGAGGGUUCUGUAGUUCAGUUUUCAUCAAGAAACUUCUCCUUGACAGCAGCAACAGAAGAAAGGAACUUCCCCCAUGGAAAUGAACAUCUGUUGAAUUGGGCCCGAAAGGAGUAUGGAGCAGUUACUUCAUUCACGGAACUCAAGAUAGCAAGAAACAUUUAUAUUAAAGUGGGGGAAGAUCAAGUGUUCCCCCCGACGUGCAACAUAGGGAAGAAUUUUCUCUCGCUCAAUUACCUCGCCGAGUACCUUCAACCCAAAGCUGCAGAAGGGUGUGUGAUGUCCAGCCAGCCCCAGGAUAAGGAAGUACACAUCAUCGAGUUGAUCACGCCCAACUCUAACCCCUACAGUGCUUUCCAGGUGGAUAUAAUAAUUGAUAUAAGACCUUCUCGAGAGGAUCCUGAGGUGGUCAAAAAUCUCAUCCUGAUCUUGAAGUGCAAAAAAUCUGUCAACUGGGUGAUCAAAUCUUUUGAUGUUAAAGGAAACCUGAAAGUUAUUGCUCCUAACAGUAUUGGCUUUGGGAAAGAGAGUGAAAGAUCCAUGACAAUGACCAAAUCAAUAAGAGAUGACAUUCCUUCAACCCAAGGGAAUCUGAUAAAGUGGGCUUUGGACAAUGGCUAUAGUCCAGUAACAUCAUACACCAUGGCUCCUGUGGCUAAUAGAUUUCACCUUCGGCUUGAAAACAAUGAGGAGAUGAGAGAUGAGGAAGUCCAUACUAUCCCUCCUGAGCUGCGGAUCCUGCUGGACCCCGGCACCCUGCCCGCGCUGCAGAACCCGCCCAUCCGGGGCGGGGGAGGCCGAAGUGGAGGCCUCCCCUUUCCUUUCCCUGAUAUCUCCAGGGGAGGCUGGAAGGAAGGGGGAGAAGAUGGGAUCCCCCGGCCGAGGGACCCUGCCAUCCCCAGCAUACAGCUGUUUCCUGGCCCCAGAGAGCCGGAAGAGGUGCACGGAAGCAUGGAUGUUGCCCUGUCAGUCAAAUGUGACAACGAGAAGAUGAUCGUGGCUGUAGAAAAAGAUUCUUUUCAGGCCAAUGGCUACUCAGGAAUGGAGCUCACCUUGCUGGAUCCUGCCUGCAAGGCCAGGAUGAAUGGCACCCACUUCGUUUUGGAGUCUCCCCUAAAUGGCUGCGGCACUCGGCACCGGCGGUCGGCCCCCGAUGGUGUGGUUUACUAUAACUCCAUUGUAAUACAGGUUCCAUCCCCAGGGGAUAGUAGUGGUUGGCCAGAUGGUUAUGAAGAUUUGGAGUCAGGUGAUAAUGGAUUUCCAGGAGAUAUGGAUGAAGGAGAUGCUUCCUUAUUCAGCCGACCUGAAAUUGUGGUGUUUAAUUGCAGCCUGCGGCAGGUGAGGAAUCCCAGUAGCUUCCAGGACCAGCUCCAUGGAAACAUCACCUUCAACAUGGAGCUCUACAACACUGACCUCUUUCUGGUGCCCUCCCAGGGGGUCUUCUCUGUGGCAGAGAAUGGACACGUUUAUGUUGAGGUAUCUGUUACUAAGGCUGACCAGGAACUGGGAUUCGCUAUCCAAACAUGCUUUAUCUCUCCAUAUUCGAACCCCGAUAGGAUGUCUGAUUAUACCAUCAUUGAGAACAUUUGUCCUAAAGAUGAAUCUGUGAAAUUCUACAGUCCCAAGAGAGUGCGCUUUCCUAUCCCACAAGCCGAGAUGGAUAAGAAGCGAUUCAGCUUCGUCUUCAAGCCCAUCUUCAACACCUCGCUGCUCUUUCUACAGUGUGAGCUGACACUGUGUACCAAGAAGGAGAAGGACCCCCAGAAGUUGCCUAAGUGCGUGCCGCCUGAUGAAGCCUGCACCUCGCUGGACGCCUCGAUGAUCUGGGCCAUGAUGCAGAAUAAGAAGACGUUCACCAAGCCCCUGGCUGUGAUCCACCACGAAGUUGAAUCCAAAGGAAAAGGUCCAAGCAUUAAGGAACCAAAUCCAGUUCCUCCACCGAUUUUCCGUGGUCUGGACACCCUAACCGUGAUGGGCAUUGCGUUUGCAGCAUUUGUGAUCGGAGCUCUCCUGACGGGGGCCUUGUGGUACAUCUAUUCUCACACAGGGGAGACAGCAGGAAGGCAGCAAGUCCCCACGUCCCCGCCGGCCUCAGAAAACAGCAGCGCGGCCCACAGCAUCGGCAGCACCCAGAGCACGCCGUGCUCCAGCAGCAGCGCGGCCUAGCCCGGCCAGCCACUGAGCCUCCAACUCGGAAGGCUGGGAUUCGGCUCCCUUGUAAAGAAAGAGUGCAUUUCAGUAUAAAGAUCACCCGUUGUAUUCACCCCCCGCCCAGGGCUAAUGUCGAAUCCAUGUGAGAAAGCUAAGGGGGUGGCCUUCUCCACCAGCCCUCACAGGCCUGGGGUUUUCAAUGUGAAACACGUGCCAGUUUUUAAAAUGCUGCUUUGUCCAGUUGAGAACAUCCAUAAUUUGGGGCCCUGAGUUUUACCCAGACUCAAGGAGUUUGUAAAAGGAUAACAGCCAGAUAGUAGAAUGAACCAGUGAGGAGACGUGGCCAAAGAUUCUUUUAUAUCUGAACCAAGAUGUAAAACAAAAGAAAUGCUUCAAGGCUUUGUAAGCGUUCCUCCACGUCUAACACGCACCUUCGUGGGAUGCGCACUUCUGAUCUUGCUGCCACACCCUGCAGGGCUGACUCGUCUCCAUGGGUGCUGCCCUCGGGGACUGCAUCAAGGCAACAUUCCUUUCUUGUGCCCUGGGCCAAAACCAAUGCUGAUGACCUUGUCAGCUUCCUGUUUAUUCCCAUACUCCCACACACAGACUGCAAAAAUGUCUUCAUGCAAAUUUUAUAUUUCUUACAGGCAUAUAGAAAUUGAAAAUGGCCAAAAUCUGGAACCACAGGUUUGUGCCUAUUUCUGACAUUUUGUUCUGAUAAAUUAAUGUAUAAAUCGAGGCAAAAUUCUGUUGUCAAGUCAAGGAGGAAUUUGCACAGUGAUAUAUUUGUAUGUGUAAGUACAAAUAUAUAAUAUGUCAUCUGGCACAUUCGUUUUCUCAGUUGAAGAAGAGGAAAUUCAUUCCCCUUUUGAAAAUGUCCUGUUUUCAGAGUUGCAACUUAUUCUUAAAUAUAUUUGGUAAGGUGAAUGUUUCUACUCAAAACAUGUCAAUAUUUUUAAAAAUAGGCCCUUUUGUAAAAACCAAACUCUUGUGAGACACAAAUGCAUUGCAGGUUAUGUUGGAUUCCGGUUGGUUAUCUGAAUAGUGUCAUCAGUUCUGCCAAGACAGUGCUGAGCUAUGGAAAAGGGCACUCAUUUGGAUCGCUUUAGUUCUCUUGCCUUAAAUAUAUCCCAAACUCAAAAAAGAUUUGAGGUGAAUUUCAUUAAAUGGAAUAAUAUGAUGCCACUUUGCAGCUAAAAUAAGCUCAGUGAUACCGCUAUGUUAAAAAAGAAUGUGAGGGAAACUUCCAUGCCAAAUCAUUUAUUGCUAAAGAUAGCUUCAUUGUAAUUUAUUUAGUUUUCUUUUCCCAAAAUUCCCCCCAAAUUACUUAGAAUUUCAUAAGUAGAACAGAUUAGAUUCUGCUCCAAAAUAUUCAUAAGCAAGUCUCACUCCCCUUAAAAUAAGGAAGUUGUGCCUGGUUCUCUGUGAAUGGAACCUCAAGUAGGAAAUGUUGAUGAAACUCAAAACCUUAAGGUAGUGUCUACACAGCAAACAAGUAAGGGGGGAAUGACAAUCAUUAUUUCCCAAUCUGAUUGAUUUGAUAGAUGUAGACAUUUAAUGGGGAUAAUUUUAACCAAAAAAGAUUACUGUAGGGCUGAGAUUUUCAGUCUCUCCACAUUGAUAUAUUGAAAAUUUUUCAGAUAUCCACAUAUGAAUAAAGAAGACAUGAGGUUAGAAAUUUUUUUUCCUUUACUUAAUUUUUUUUUAAUGUAAGGGUAUCAGAAUGGAGGACAUAGAUUACGCUACCUGUGUUUAAAAAUUAUGCGCUUUGCCUAACCUUCA